AAUUUCUAGGGUUUUAAAAAAGGGGCACACACCCCUAGCCCAGCCUAUUCAUCCCACACCCAAUAUCCUUCAAUAUCUAUCCAUAUAUAAAUAUAUAUAGAUGUGUGUGUGUCUCUAACUAUAUAUAUAGUUGAGAUAGAAUUGGCAGAAUUAAGAUCAUAUCGAUAUCUAUAUAUAUAUAUAUAGCUGAUCGAGAAUUAUUGGCAGAAUUAAAAUUGGAUGGAUGAAUCAAAGAUUAUUAGUUCGAGUGGAGGAGGAGGAGGAAGAGGAAGAGAAUCAAUGGUGGCGAUUCGAGCAGGUUUCAACAAAGUGAAGCCUUACGUGGCAAUGAUCUCUCUGCAGUUUGGGUAUGCUGGAAUGUUCAUCAUCACCCUUGUUUCUUUGAACCGUGGAUUCAGCCAUUGGAUUUUCGUCGUCUAUCGCCACGCUGUUGCCACCAUCGUCAUCGCCCCUUUCGCCUAUUUUCUUGAAAAGAAAGUGAGGCCCCAGAUGACAAAAUCCAUCUUCUUCAAGAUUACAGUUCUUGGGUUCUUGGAGCCAGUGCUGGAUCAGAACCUGUACUGUGUUGGACUGCAAUACACCUCAGCAACCUUUGCAUCAGCUAUGACUAAUGUUCUUCCUGCUGUCACCUUCAUAAUGGCUCUCAUUUUCAGGCUGGAAAAGGUUAAUUUGAAAAAGAUGCACAGCAUCGCCAAGGUGAUUGGCACACUAAUAACAGUGAGUGGGGCAAUGCUUAUGACACUCUACAAGGGCCCCAUCAUCGACAUCUUCUGGUAUUCCCACGGCAGCGGCCACCGCAGCGCCACCGUCUCCGCCGCCGCCAAUCAACACUGGCUCCCCGGCACCUUUAUUUUCCUCAGCUGUAUCAUCGGCUGGUCCACCUUCUUCAUCUUGCAAAAUCACACCCUGAAGGAGUAUCCGGCGGAGCUGUCUCUGACGUCGUUAGUAUGCCUGACCGGAACGAUCCAAGGCGCCGUCGUGGCGGUGAUCAUGGAGAGACGAAAGAGUGCUUGGGCUAUUGGCUUUGAUUCAAGGCUGCUUGCAGCUACUUACUCUGGCAUUGUCUGCUCAGGAAUGGCGUAUUACUUGCAGGGAGUAGUGAACAGGGUUCAAGGCCCUGUUUUCGUGACGGCAUUUAGCCCUCUCAUAAUGAUCAUCACUGCUGUCCUAGGAGCCAUUGUCUUGUCGGAACAACUUCAUCUCGGAAGCUUAAUUGGAGGAAUCAUUAUAGUUUGUGGGCUGUAUUGUGUGGUUUGGGGGAAGUGCAAAGACAACAAUAACGCUAAGCUCUCAUGUGAAGAAGAAGAAGAAGACAACAACAAAGCCCAAGAACUGCCUGUAGUGGACAAACCGGCUAUGGAGGGCAAUCCUGAACCACUCACUCAGAAAUCUAACAAGAAAUCAUUUCAGAUGGAAGACCCUUGACUUGAUGAACAAUUAGAAGAACAGAUUACCAAUCUUCCCUCCUUCAUAAAUCUCUUUCUUGUAUAACUGAACAGUGGCAUGUGCUACAAUAAUACCCUUUAUCUGAUCUGAUCUGAUGUUCAAUCAAAAUGAAUGCUUACAUACUUUAUAUAAGAUGGAAACUUGGGACAUAUUUUCUUACCAGGAUAGGAUAGGGGGUGAGGCCAAGAAUUGGGCUU